GUGAAUAUCCUUAUAAUUUACUCAAAGAAGGAAGAUUUCAGAAAGUACCUAUAAUAAGAGGAUUUUGCGAAUUCGAGGGCUAUAUCAUGUUAACAGGUUCGUACUGUAAAAAAAUCAAUUUAGUAAUCAACAAAAACUUUACCAGUGUUUGGGAAUACAAGUUGCAUCCAGAAGACGCAGUUAAUUACAACGAAAAAUUCAAUAAUGUAUAUUAUAAUGACGUUGAAUCUAAUAAAGAACAAACGGCUCUCGAUUUCUUCGGAGACUUUGAAAUGAAAAGCGGUAUUUUGAAAAGUUCCAAAAUUAUGUCAACUAAAGGAGUAAAUAUAUAUGUUUAUCAGUUUGCAUACGACGGCAAUAUUAAUUUUUUAAAGAAGUUAUUCAACAUAAAUAGAAAAGGAGCUGCUCAUGCCGACGAUGCCGCAUACAUUUUCGGCUUAGGCGAUCAAAGUCUAAAAAAUGCUUCCCAUGAUGAUAUAAUAACCCUGAAACGAAUGACGAAGAUGUGGACAAAUUUCGCGAAGAGUGGGAAUCCAACAGCAACUGCAAACGAUCUUCUGCCUGUUAAAUGGCCUGAGUAUGACCUCCACGAAGAAAAGUAUUUGGAAAUAAACAGCUAUCUCGAAGUUAGAACUGCUUACGAACCAGAGAAAAUGGCUAUUUUUGACGUGAUUUAUGAAAAAUAUCACACAUAAUGCAACGCCAGUUGGGACGUGAAAACUGUUGUUGCAUUAUUUAAAUUAAUUUACACUUACUGCACCAAAUGCCUUUGACUACAAAGAUUUUCCACCAUCAUAAUAAAUGCUUUUAUCAUUA